GCAUUUUAAAUUAAUGCAAAAAGCUUUGUAAAAUUUGGCUUAUCAUGAUAAGAUAACAAAAGUUUUGUAGUUCAUUAAUUUGUUUAAACCUUCCCCAUCAACAUGUUCCGAAAAUUGUUUCCAGUAAAAUCCUGCAACCCCCUCAUCCGCCAGUUCAGUGUCUGCGAGCUCCCCAAGGAACUACGGCAAAUUCAACAGACAUGCCGAAACUUCGCAGAACGUGAGCUCAAACCGGUAGCUGCCGAACUGGACCGGGAUGAACGAUUUCCUGCUGAACAGAUAGCCAAGCUCGCCGAUCUCGGAUUGAUGCGUGUAACGGUGUCCCCCAAGUAUGGUGGCUCCAAUCUUAACAUGCAGGCACUGUCACUGAUCGUUGAAGAGCUGUCCAGAGGAUGUGCAAGCACCGGUGCCAUCGUAUCGAUUCACAACUGUCUGUAUGCCAAUUUACUGAACAGACUUGGGACUGAGGAGCAGAAGGACAAGUUUUUCACAAAGUAUUCAAGUGACACUGUUGGGGUGUUUGCACUUAGUGAGGCAGACGCUGGAUCGGAUGUGGUGGCGUUGAGUUCGAAAGCUAACCGAGAUGGCUGCUGGUGGGUUUUGAAUGGAGCGAAAGCUUGGGUGACGUCGGCUAGGGAAGCUAAAAGUGGAAUCGUUUUUGCCACUGUUGAUUCUGAGUUAAAACAUAAAGGAAUUACUGCCUUUUUGGUAGACUUUGAAGAUGCCGAAGGGUUGACGGUAGGACGAAAUGAAGACAAGCUUGGGAUUCGAGCCAGUUCAACCUGUAGCUUGCUGUUUGAAAAUGUGCGCAUCCCGGAUUCGAAUGUUCUUGGUCAGGUGGGUGGAGGGUUCAAGAUAGCCAUGGAGCAGUUGGAUCGGGCUCGCAUAGGCAUCGCUUCGCAAGCUUUGGGAAUAGCUCAAGCCGCACUGGAAACUGCCACCGAAUAUGCAGGCCAGCGAAUUGCAUUCGGCCAACCGCUGCUCAAAUUGCACCCGGUUCAGACGAGAAUCGCCGAAAUGGCCGUUAGAAUCGAAACUGCUAGGUUAUUGAUUCGUAGGGCAGCCGGCGAGGUGGAUCAAGGCCAGAAGGCAACGAAGGUCAUCUCGAUGGCCAAGUGGGUGGCCGGAGAGACGGCAACAUUUGCAGCACACAACUGCCAGCAGAUAAUGGGUGGCAUGGGGUACGUGAAAGAUAUGCCCGCCGAGCGGUACUACAGGGAUGCAAGGAUCACGGAGAUUUACGGUGGGGCAACGGAUGUGCAGAAGGCAAUCGUGGCGGAUCAUGUGAUAAAAGAGUUGGGCAAGUAAAUGGAUGAAAUGGUCCGGGGAUAGCGCAAGGUAAGAUGUUGUCUUUAUUUU